GAUGGGGGUGGGUCGAGGCGCGGCUGGGACGCCGGCAGGUCAGCGGUGGCUGUCGCGGCGGUGACAGGAGAGCGGCCGGGCCUCUCCGACCUGGGGCGGAGCUCCCCGAUCCAAGUGCCGGGCUCGCGGAACGAGGUGGGCGGGCGGCUUGGUACCAUGGCCAGGGCCGGCAUGGAGCGGUGGCGCGACCGGCUGGCGCUGGUGACGGGCGCCUCGGGGGGCAUCGGCGCGGCAGUGGCCCGGGCCCUGGUCCAGCAGGGACUGAAGGUGGUGGGUUGUGCCCGCACCGUCAGCAACAUCGAGGAGCUGGCUGCUGAAUGUAAGAGUGCAGGCUACCCCGGGACCUUGAUCCCCUACAGAUGUGACCUGUCAAACGAGGAGGACAUCCUCUCCAUGUUCUCGGCUGUCCGCUCUCAGCACAGCGGUGUGGACAUCUGCAUCAACAAUGCCGGCCUGGCCCGGCCUGACCCCCUGCUCUCAGGCAGCACCAGCGGUUGGAAGGACAUGUUCAACGUGAAUGUGCUGGCCCUCAGCAUCUGCACACGGGAAGCCUACCAGUCCAUGAAGGAGCGGAAGGUAGACGAUGGACACAUCAUUAACAUCAACAGCAUGUCUGGCCACCGAGUGGUACCCCAGUCGGUGAUCCAUUUCUACAGUGCAACCAAGUACGCCGUCACUGCCCUGACUGAGGGACUGAGGCAUGAGCUUCGGGAGGCCCAGACCCACAUCCGAGCCACAUGUAUCUCUCCAGGGGUGGUGGAGACACAGUUCGCCUUCAAACUUCAUGACAAGGACCCUGAGAAGGCAGCUGCCACAUACGAACACAUGAAGUGUCUCAAACCUGAGGAUGUGGCCGAGGCUGUCAUCUAUGUCCUCAGCACUCCCCCGCACGUCCAGUAUCUUCCCUUUGACCUGGGAAAGGGGCUGUGGCCAAAAGGAGGGCUUCCGCCAACCUUCUUGUACCCCAACUCCUGCCCCUCAGGGUUGGGGUGGCAGAGAGAAGCCCUAACCUUAUAUCUGAAUGGUUAUCCAGGACUCCAGGCUUUCUCCUCUCCAUGCUCUGCUUCCCCUACCCCCUUCCCAGCUCUCCAGCCCAAUCUUGGGGUUCUCGGCGUGGGUGGUCAUCACGCUGACUAUGGCAAGAGAACGCCAGGGCCUAGCUCCCAAGUGGAUUUCACUCUUGAUAAUUAAAGGAAAAAUUCCAAGCAACCUACAUUGACUUCGGAGUGUCUUUCAGUUCUUUCCCCUUCUCUGUGAUCAGGAGUGACUGUCUCAGAAUGUCUUCCAGGUGAGGGAGAAGGUGGGUAGAUUUGGGAUAUCACUUCUGGUGUGUGGAUUACUUUAGGUGGCGGAGUGGAUUUGGGUUGGGUCUUGAAAUGGGUAGGCAUUUGCCAGCAAAGAAGACAAACUGUGUGCAAGGCUGGGAGGCGAGGAAGAGCAUGCAGUCUUGUGGGAACAGCACAUAACUUAGUGCAGGAGUGAGAUGGGGCUGGAAGGGUAGCUCCUGAUUUGAUCACUAGGGGUCUGAACGCUGAGCAAGGGAGGCUGGACUUUACCGGUGGACCAAAGGCAUCAGUUGGUUUGUCAGCAAGGGGGGGACAGGAGCACAGCUGUCAGGAAAAGAAUCAACAUCCACGUAACAGGAAGUUAUUGCUGGGGUCCUGCUGACUGGUGGUGAGGGUCUGACAAGGCAGUGGGGAGGGGCUGGAUGCAGGAGAGGAUUCUGAGGAAUCCGCAGCACUUGGUGGCGGUUUGGAUGUGGAGAGGGAGGCACCAGACCGACUUGGUUGAACAGGAAGAGUAGCACAUUCCCUUAAAGUGUCCUUUGCUGGAGUCGGGGUAAAUGUGGCCUCUCAGCCUCCUAGAACUCCAAGAGUGCAGAAGCCCUUUGCAGCUACGGCUGCUUGAGGAAGUUUGGCCGAGCGCGCAGGUGGAGGACCCAGGGCCUGCUGAGCAAGGGUGAAGUG